UCCAAAGUAGCGGUACGUUCAACGUUUGCGUUACAUUUUAGCUUGAUUCGCUAUAUAUUUCUAUUUUAACUGUGAGACUCGCACAAGUGUUUCUCCAGUUCAAUAAAUUUAACCAAUAACUCUUUCACUAAUUAGUUAUGGUUAGUCAUACAAAAAAGCCACGAACUCAGUCACCUGUCAACGUGAUGACUAAUAGUAUAAAUAUGCUCGCAACGACGAGCAGCACAACUCCCACAAAGUAUGGAAAUGAGGCACACAGCUUGCCAAUACGCCGCAAGCGUCGAGCUGCCGGUUCACUACCAUCUACUGUGGCUGAAACUGAGGGCGAAAACUUGCUGACAAAUAGCAGUAGCAUCGCUUCUACAAACUCAGCACUUGGUCCUGACAUAAACCUCUUCACUUCACCCUAUGUACGUGUCACAAAACUUCAGAUUCCAAGUCCAGCUCCAACACUUACUUCAGAAAUAGAACGACUAAAGCUGGCUGUAGAAGAACUGAAGACUGAGAUGCGGGACAUAAGGUGUAGAAAAGAUAUGAAUGCAGGAUUUUCAGAAAAUUUGGCCAACUUAUCUGAACUAUCAACACAGGUUAGUGAUAUAAAAUCACAGGUCUGUGAACUUGCCCCUCUGAACAUCUUGACUAAGACCAUAAACCCUGGCGAACUUGACACAGAAUCAGUAUCUAAGAUAGACACCUUGAUAAACUUCAUCACAACAGAGGUUAUCAAAAGACUUGAUACUAAACUAAGUGUGAUUGUCUACAAUAUACCGGAUAAUGAGGGGUUGAAAAAGGUUCAAAGCAUCUUACUUAGGGCGGCGAAAAUGCCUAACUCCCAAACAAAAUGUCACAGACUGAAGAAGAGUCAGCACGACCACUGCUGUCCUAUACGCCUUCAGUUCGAAACGCAGACAGAGGCUAAAAAAUUCACCAACACACAACGUAUCCUAUUACAGGACACAAGCUACAAACAGGUAAAAGUUGUAGCAGAUAAGACAGUGAUUGAAAGGCGUGCUUACAAUCACCUUAAUAAACCAAAUGGCAGGACACCUCAAGCCACUAAAAUAGAUAUACACACUACCAACACGGUAGAACUCAUAGCCUCCCCCCUCUCUAAUCCCGUAAAAAUAGCUCCAGAGAAAAUGAAACCAAACGAAAGACUUGUGAGCUAUAGUCUUACUCCUAAAGUAACCUCUCCUCCCUCUACGGUGGAUCUAGAUAUGUCUAUGGACAGCCAUAAGAUGGUAAUCAAUCCCUCUUGUAAGCUGACAACAUCCUCUCUUAACCAAAACGUGACAACGCAAAUGGAACUCGGUAACAAAACAGGCCGAAAUACGCCACUUGUUGCGAAGAUUCCCCAACAUAUUCAGACUCCCAAGAAUAUCUCACGCUUUAAGGUAAAUAAUAUUCAAAAACAUACUAGCAACCAAACUAAAAACAAAAAUAAGGACAUAGAGCCCAAGGACAACAACGACACAACCUACUUGCAUACUGUGCCAAGUCACACUGGUAGCUGGUGUAGUGACGCUAUCACGCAAAGUAGCAAAAGUGACAACACUCGGAGCUCAGCCACCAGGCAUGACAUACAAACUAACUUUGGCAGAUUAUACGGAACAAGCCUUCUGGGAAACAAACCACAGUGUAGCUAUGCACAUAACGACACCCAUGUAAGGUCUCUUGGAAUGUCCACACACAGUAGGCAGAUUAACAAGUCAUGGGUAUCACAAGGUACCAAUGAUUUUUUAUCCAACACAUCCCUGUCAGCGCUAACCAAACAGCUGGUGGGGAUGUUAACCCUUCUGAACCCAUACCACCAACGUUGGCCCCCUAUCGGGAAGAAAACAGACAUGGGCUAGUACAUACGGAACUAUUAGUCACACCCAAAGACUGUACAAGCAUAUGCCAAAUAAAAACCUCAACCCAACUCUCCAACCUACCCAAGCCUAGAACCACGUCAUUGUAUAGUUUAUCUAAUAAUCAAACCCAUUACCCACUAAAAAAAACGGAUAGUAACUUGACAGACAUAGGUGGACAAACUAGUUGCAACACAGGGUUGAUAUGCCACGCGGAAACAGCGGAUGCCGAUCCACACUUGAACCUUAUUGACGAGCUUAAACACUUCAAACACUACUUCAAAUCUCAACUCUACUUAAUACUUAUUAAUGCUAGAUCUAUCCUUAACAAACUACCGAUGCUCAGGGCACACACGCUGGUAUACAAACCCCCUAUAAUCAUUAUUACGGAAUCCUGGUGUCACUCCAAUAUACCAGACGAAGAGAUAAGCAUCGAAGGGUACAUACACUUUCGCUGUGACAGGAAGAGUGGUAAGGGAGGAGGCUGCCUAAUGUACUUCCUGAACACACUUACUGUAUUACAGCUAGAAAAUAAGGAACUCAAUGACAUGCACGACACCCUGUGGGUCAACGUACACUUCAAAAGUGCUACACUACUAAUAGGAUGUAUCUACAGAGCACCUGGCACCUUUAGUGAUUACGAGACACAACUUAUAAAUGUACUGGAGCAAGUAUCCACUCUUCCAUACGAGCAUAAGAUCAUAUGUGGAGACUUCAACCUACCCGAAAUCAACUGGGACUUAUUAAAAGGGCCAACUAAAUACGACAAGCUCUUAGGGACACUGGACAUUUUCGGCUGGAAACAAACUGUCACUAUCCCUACAAGAGGUGACAAUGUACUAGACUUAAUAUUCUGUCACGAUAUAAGCCCCCUCUCAAUCUUAGUGGGUUCUAAGUUUUCAGGUAGUGACCACAAAACAGUAAUGUGUGCUCUGCCACUUCCACUGAAUAGCAAUGCAGCUCAUACCUCCACUUCACAACAAGUACUAUAUAGGAACUAUAGUAAGGCAAACUGGACCUUAGUAGAAUCAGUGCUAAGAUCCUCCGAAUGGAGCGAAUACUUCACUACUGAUGACCUCUCGAGAGCUCUGAGCAUCUUCUACCAUAACUCGAACACAUGCUUAGAUGCUGUCAUUCCACUGCAAACACUUGAGCUGUCCCCACAUAGGAAGUCAUUCAUAAAACCAAAGGAUCGUAUGAAAUUGAAGAAACUCUCAACAAGUUACUUCAAACACCACGACUUUGGCACACUAGGUUUAAUACUUAACACCCUUAGUUCCAUCUCACAAGCUCGAAAUUUCCGUAUGAGAAACGAAGAACGCAUCGCAGUAGCCAGUCCUGCUAGAGUGUAUGCACUCACGGAAAUCUUAAAGAAGCGAAUGAAUCGCAAAAAUCACAGCAUUUCCCUCCUCAUAGACAAAGGUAGGCUAUGUACUAAUUCCGCAGACAUGUGUGAAUUAUUCAACUCAACUUUUGCAGGUAACUACCUUAAGCCCACAGUCCAGUUACUCAAUAUACACCCUGCUACUAAUGUGGCACAAACUCCAUCUCCACACACACCAAACUUAAUUAGCACUAUUGAAUUUAACUAUACUAACAUUAAACAAACUAUAAGAACCCUAAAAUGCUCAAAAGGUUUCGGUACUGACGGCAUAUCAUCCUA